AUGACCCAAGCCCCUGACGAGGCGAGGGAGACCAGGCGCCAGCGCCAGCGCCUGGAGCACGAGAUGGUCCCGUCGGGAACCGGGGCCGAGCCCCCUGCUCAGGACGGGGAGAGCGUGGAGGGCUCGCAGAUCGAGACAACUGACGCAAGGACCGCACCUGACGAGUCUGCCUCAACUAAGGAGUCCCCUGGAUUCAAUUCUGGUGUUCAAAAUGUCCUCACUGAUGAAAUGACAGAAAGGUUCAUGCGCAUUAUGACUAGUCAUGCUGCUAAGCGAAAUGCUGCGAAAGUUCGAAGAGAAUCUGUGAAUUGUUGCAACCUUACAGUGGAGCGUGAGUUUUGUGACGUUGAUGAUGGUAGUUUUCGAAGUUCCAAAGCUCGGAUAGUGGCUGUGCGAGCUUCGCCCUCUGUCGUCGGUCUCUCUUCAUUUUCAGAUGGAAAGAGGAUAAGGGUUUGCUCAGGUUGCGUGAUAGCGUCUAAUGGAUCUUCAGAUACCACUAAAAUCUUAACCUCGGCAACGUUAGUUCGGUCUCUUAGCACAAAUAACAGUGUAAUUCCAGAUAUUAAGAUCAAGGUGUGUCUACCAAAUGCGCAUAUCUUGGAUGGCUCCAUAUCUAUGGUAGACUUCCACUAUAACAUAGUUGUUGUUGAAGUGAAGUCUGACCAGAAAUUUCCUGAGGUAGUUCUGGUGAGUGAUGUUAUCAAUAGAGGAGCCGUGUUAGCACUCGGGCGUUUCUAUGAUCAUGGCAGACUGAUGUGUGCACAAGGCGAAAUCAGAAAACAAGCAAGUUCCUUCGAGUGCUCAGAGCUUUUAGUAUCGAGCUGCCACACGACCAUGGCUGGUGUUGGUGGACCUCUUGUAAAGUACAAUGGUCAAGUUGUGGGUAUCAAUUUCUAUGGAGAGAACCACACACCAUUUCUGUCAACUGCAGUUAUCAUAAGAUGUUUGGACCACUGGAAGAGCUAUGGAAAAAUAAUUCGGCCUUGGCUUGGACUCAUCUACACACCUGUUGAUAUGUUGCCACUUCGAGUUUUGGAAAAAUGCACGUAUAUUGACAAGGGGUUCUAUAUUUCGAAGGUGGCUAAGGGAUCACCUGCUGAUGUUGCUGGGCUUUGCGUUGGUGAUGUUCUAAUUGAAUGUGCUGGAAAAGUCCUCAGUACUGCUCCGGAGCUAGGUGCACUGCUACUUGAUUUGUGCAACAAGCAGAUGAAGUCAUAUACUUUAGAGAGCAACAUGACUAUGGAGGUUGUUGUCAGGAAGCAAUUGAAUGGCAGAGAAGCGAGGAUGACAGUGACUGCUGAUGUCUUGAGCGGAUGCAGUUACUACAGUUGGUAUGAUCCAUUGCCCAGCUACAUUGACAAGAUGGCUACAAUGCGGUUUAUGGAAUAUUAUUAAAGGAAAUUACCUCUAGCUUUUGUGCGACGCAAAGGGAUUGCCCUUCCAGCUGCAUGUGCGUCUGUGAGGCUCCUGAACGUAGCCUUGAGCACCGUAAAAACUAUUGUACAGUUCAGCGAAUUCUCAGAA